GCCGAUACUCGGGCCAGCAGGCCGACACUUGCAGGACAGGUACCGAACUCUGAGAUAUCGAUUGAUGUAUAUAUAUAUGUGGGUAGCUAAUCUCCUAGAUAAUGCGAUGAAAUGUCAAUCUCAGAUAAAUAUCUUGUCAAAUACCAGCCGUAAUCACUUCUUCCUCCUCCUGACCGGGAAAGAAUACAAGCGGGUCGGUGAUUUCUCCGCAAUCGCAAUCUCCAGCGCCCAUCCGCGGAGCUCACCACGGAAGACUUCCGACUGCUUCUUUAACUGCCUUUUCCAGCCCCACGACUUUUUCUGACCUCCAUACUUCCGCCUCAUUGACUCCAUUUCUCGCUUCGAGUCCAUCACACUGUGAUAAUCACACCGCAAUGGCCUCCAUCCGUGCCAAUUGCCGCAAGGUGAUGUGUAUCGGCCGUAAUUACGCUGAUCACAUUACCGAGUUGAACAACACGACCCCCAAGCAGCCCUUCUUCUUCCUCAAGCCCGCCUCCUCCAUUCUGCUCCCCAACAGCGGUCCCGUUCUCCGCCCCAAGGGUGUCAGCCUGCACUAUGAGGUCGAAUUGGGUCUGGUGAUGGGCAAGACCGUUAAGGACCUGGACCCUCAGGAUGAGCAGGGUGCACUGGAUGCCAUUGAGAGCUACGUCCUUGCCAUUGAUAUGACCGGGCGCAACGUCCAAGAUGAGGCCAAGAAGAAGGGUCUCCCCUGGUCCAUCGCCAAGGGCUUCGAUACCUUCUUGCCCAUUUCCCAAGUGAUCGCCAAGUCGCGCAUCCCCAACCCCCAUGAUGCCUUCCUCCGCCUGCGUGUCGGUGAGACCGAACGACAGGCUGAUUCCACGAGCCUGAUGCUUUAUCGUAUCCCCCAGCAGCUGGCCCAGAUCUCGCGCGUGAUGACUCUGGAGAAGGGCGAUAUCGUGCUCACGGGUACCCCCAAGGGUGUGGGUGAGGUCAAGGCUGGCGAUGUGAUGCACGCCUCGAUCGAGGUCGACGGCAAGGAGAUUGAGGAGGGUCGGAUCCGGGUGGAAGUGCAGGACCGUGAGGGUCCCUAUGAGUUCAAGGAGACGUAAAGGCAAAGGUGGAAUGCGUGACCUUGAUUAUCUGCAUAUGCUGUACUUGUGAUGAUUCCAUACAUCUGAAUAUAUUGGACAUGUUUCCAAGCUCUCGUGCGGCAUUGAGCAUUGAAAUAGAUUAGACCUAGAGAAAUGUGAACCGUCCACAUCCAAG